AUGUUAUCUCGAGCAACUCGUCCUUUGGUUCGGUCUGCAUUCAGUCAGCUUUACUUACGUAGUCUAUCGACAAGCAAAUCAACAAAAAAAUUUUAUACUGAUUUUAAUGAAAUUGUAGAAGAUAUUCCACAUGGAGCAAAAUUACUCGUAGGAGGUUUUGGAUUAUGUGGUAUUCCUGAAAGUUUAAUUAAAGGUUUACUUAAAAAUGGACAAAAAGAUCUAAUAAUUGUAUCAAAUAACUGUGGUGUUGAUGAUUUUGGUCUUGGUUUACUAUUAAAAACUAAACAGAUUAAACGUAUGAUUUCUUCAUACGUUGGUGAAAAUGCAGAAUUCGAACGACAAUACUUAAACGGUGAGCUCGAGGUUGAACUUACGCCACAAGGAACUCUAGCAGAAAAAAUCCGAGCUGGUGGUGCUGGUAUUCCAGCUUUUUUUACACCAACUGGUUUCGGUACACUAAUUCAACAAGGUGGUGCACCAAUAAAAUAUGAUAAAAAUACUAAACGACCAAUUAUUGAAAGUCCAAUGAAAGAGACUCGACUUUAUAAUGGUCGACCAUACGUUUUAGAAGAUGCUAUUGUUGGCGAUUUCGCUCUUGUAAAAGCUUGGAAAGCAGAUCGUCUUGGAAAUCUUAUCUUUCAAAAAUCUGCUCGAAAUUUCAAUUCAACCAUGUGCAAAGCCGCACGAUGUACAAUUGCUGAAGUUGAAGAAAUCGUUGAAGUUGGAGAUUUGAAACCUGACGAAAUUCAUAUACCAAAUAUAUUUGUGCAUCGUAUUAUUGUAGGCGAUAAGCAUGAAAAGCGUAUUGAGCGUCGAACUGUACGUAAACGUAAUCCAACAGCAACUACAUCAUCUGCAGCACCAUCGAAAAAGAAGAAAGACGACACUUCUCGAGAACGUAUUAUUCGACGAGCAGCUUUAGAAUUUACCGAUGGAAUGUAUGCGAAUUUAGGCAUAGGAAUACCAAUGUUGGCUUCAAAUUAUAUUCCAGAUGGUUUAACAGUACAUCUGCAAAGUGAAAAUGGAAUUUUAGGUUUGGGCCCAUUUCCAUAUGAAGGUGAAGAAGAUCCAGAUCUAAUCAAUGCUGGCAAAGAAACUGUCACUGUUCUUCCUGGAGCAUCCUUUUUCUCGAGCGAUGAUUCGUUUGCUAUGAUUCGUGGUGGCCAUAUUGAUUUAACUAUACUUGGUGCUAUGCAAGUCUCACGUUAUGGUGAUGUGGCUAAUUGGAUGAUUCCAGGCAAAUUAAUUAAAGGUAUGGGCGGUGCUAUGGAUUUAGUUGGUAGUGGUCGAACUAAAGUUGUUGUGACAAUGGAACACAAUGCCAAAGAUGGUUCAUCGAAAUUUUUUGAAUCAUGCACAUUACCAUUGACAGGCAAAGGAGUUGUCGAUCUGAUUAUCACAGAAAAAUGUGUCUUUGAAGUUGAUCCAGAAAAAGGUUUGACACUGACGGAAAUUGCUGAUGAGUUUUCAGUAGAAGAUAUUGUGAAAUGUACCGGUUGUGCCAUUAAUAUUUCUAACAGCCUGAAACCAAUGCAACAAGUGCAAAUUAAUCGCCAUAAUUAA